GUACCAGAGACAUUUACAAAACAAUGUUUUGUUGUCAUUGUGUUAAAGUGAAUGGUGGUUUAGAUGCGAUUUGUAGCUGGUUUUUAGAGGCCCUCGACCUAUGACUACAAUUGUAUACGGUUGGGUGGUGUUCAGGCUCUCUUGGCAACACCGGAAGGGAGGAGAUCCUGCCUGCCUAUCUGUCUGUCUGUCUGUCUGUCUGCCUGCCUGUCUGUCUGACAUCGGGUUGCUGGAGACAGGCAGAGCUGGCGGUGUUUGUGAUGGGAGCUAGCUAACUAGGAAGGGCGACUCUACCUUUAAGUGAAAGAAAGCGGUAUCGCUGGGUCGCUUAGUUAGUUUACUGGGUUUACAGGGACCUUCGAUAUGAUAUUUGUUCAACUAAUUCUCAUGUUUUGCUGCCUACAAGAUAUUACAGGUCAGUUUGGGAAACCCUUGAACAAAUAUAUUCGCCAUUAUGAAGGUUUAUCAUAUGACACAGAAGCCCUGCACACCAGUCACCAGAGAGCCAAGAGGGCUCUCUCUCCUCAAGACAAGACUGUGCACCUGGACUUCCAUGCACAUGGAAGACAUUUUAACUUGCGGAUGAGGAGAGAUACAACUCUAUUUCCUCCAGAUCUCAUCAUUGAGGUAUCAGGAGAGAAGGAACCCAUUGACACAUCACAUAUUUACAGUGGAGAAGUCUUUGGUGAAAAGGGCACACUGACCCAUGGCUCUGUGGUUGAUGGGCGCUUUGAGGGCUUCAUUAAAACCCACCAAGGAACAUACUAUGUUGAACCCUCGGAGAGGUACCUUAAGGACAAGAAUGUGCCGUUCCACUCCGUCAUCUAUCAUGAUGAUGACAUCAAUUAUCCUCAUAAGUAUGGCUCAGAGGGCGGCUGCGCUGACCACUCAGUGUUUGAGAGGAUGAGGAAGUACCAGGCAUCUGCAGCAGAGGAGCCAGUCAAGGAGGUGAACAGUGUGUUAGAGGAGGAGAGCUCCGAUGGUCCUGUUAUUCUGAGGAGAAAGAGGGCAGCGGCGAAAGAGAAAAACACUUGCCAGCUGUUCAUCCAGACUGACCACCUCUUCUUCAAAUACUACGGCACAAGAGAGGCUGUCAUUGCCCAGAUCUCCAGCCAUGUAAAGGCCAUUGACUCCAUUUACCAGGCCACAGACUUCAUGGGCAUCCGAAACAUCAGCUUUAUGGUUAAAAGGAUCAGGAUAAAUACUACCAACGAUGAAAAGGACAAAACCAAUCCUUUUCGCUUUGCCAACAUUGGAGUGGAGAAGUUUUUGGAGCUUAACUCUGAACAGAACCAUGAAGACUACUGCCUAGCCUAUGUCUUCACUGACAGGGACUUUGAUGAUGGGGUUCUUGGCUUGGCUUGGGUUGGGGCUCCUUCAGGAAGCUCUGGGGGCAUCUGUGAGAAGAGCAAACUGUACUCUGACGGGAAGAGGAAGUCUCUGAACACUGGUAUCAUCACUGUGCAGAACUACGCCUCCCAUGUCCCUCCCAAGGUGUCACACAUCACCUUUGCUCAUGAGGUUGGGCACAACUUUGGCUCUCCUCAUGACUCUGGGAUUGAUUGCACCCCUGGAGAGUCUAAGUUGCAGGACAAAAAGGAGCAGGGCAACUACAUCAUGUACGCCAGAGCCACAUCAGGGGACAAGCUCAACAAUAACAAGUUCUCUAUCUGCAGCAUCCGCAAUAUAAGCGCUGUUCUGACGAAAAAGAGAAACGAAUGUUUUGUCGAGUCUGGCCAGCCUAUCUGUGGUAAUGGACUAGUGGAAGCUGGAGAAGAGUGUGACUGCGGCUACAGUGAUCAGUGUAAAGACCCCUGCUGCUAUAACGCCAAUGAAGUGGAGGGCAAAAAGUGCAAACUCCAACCUGGGAAAAUCUGCAGUCCCAGCCAAGGCCCAUGUUGCACACAAGAGUGUGCUUUCAAAGGCAAAAAUGACAGGUGCAGACUGGAGUCCGAGUGUGCCCAGCAGGGCAUGUGCAAUGGAAUCACUGCUCUGUGUCCUGCCUCAGAACCAAAGGCAAACUUCACCUCUUGCCAUUCAGAAACACAAGUCUGCCUGAAUGGGGUAUGCACUGGUUCCAUUUGUGAGAAGUAUGGUCUCGAGGUAUGCACCUGUGCCACCCAAGACGAGAAGGAUGAAGCAGCUGAGCUAUGCCACGUGUGCUGCAUGGAGAAAAUGAAUCCCAGCACCUGCAGCAGCUCAGGCUCAGAGAAAUGGGCCAAAUUCUUCAACAAGAAGGUCACGACUCUGCAGCCCGGCUCACCCUGCAAUGACUUUAAGGGUUACUGUGACGUGUUCAUGAGGUGCCGUCUGGUAGACGCUGAUGGGCCUCUGGCAAGGCUUAAGAAAGCCAUCUUCAAUGCAGAACUCUAUGAGAAUAUUGCAGAGUGGAUAGUGGUUCACUGGUGGGCAGUGCUGUUAAUGGGCAUCGCUCUUAUUAUGCUAAUGGCUGGCUUCAUCAAGAUCUGCAGCGUCCACACCCCAAGCAGCAACCCCAAACUGCCCCCACCAAAGCCACUGCCAGGUACGCUGAAAAGGAGAAGACAGCAAAAUGCAAACCCACAGCUACAGGGCCAGCGCCACCCCCGUCAGAACAGAGAGAACUAUCAAAUGGGACAGAUGAGACGCUGAGACACUGGUCUGCUCUUUGCCUUGGUUCUUCCUAGUGCCUACAGUGGGAGCACUUCACUCCAAAGAGUUACCUUUACCACAUAUUGCAAAAUUCAAAGAACUUGCAACUGGAUCGAUUUCACUGGACAAAGCCUGAAGGUUUUUUUUGGGCCUAACAAACUCACUCAGCACCUCUGCUCUGAGAGCCAGAUUAGCAGUGGUUCACACAGCUUUUAUAGGAAAUAAAUAACUUUUCCAAGUAGGGACAGGAGGAGAACUUCACUUAUCUCUGUUAUGUGGUCUUAAUCUAAUUAUUUUCCCUAUGAAUGCUAUGUUACCAGAAUGGAGGAGAAAGAAGCAGCUAUGUGUUCGCCUUCCUCUGUCCUCCAUCUGUGCUACCCUUUUCUUUCCUUUUCUUCCUCUCUGAAGUGCUGCCAUCAUCAGCACAAUAGUAACACUGCAAGUCACUUGGGUUUUUUGCUGCCAAUCAAAAACAGCAUUAAGACGUUGAGUCGGAGGAAAACUCUUAUUUUUUUGCCAAUGUAAUUAAAUUGUUUUAAAUCAAAGCACCAUCAAAAAUUUAAGCAUUUUAUUUCUAAAGCGUACAUGUUCUUUUAGUGUGCAAUUGUACAGAUGUCGCAGUGGGUUUUUUUCCCUUUGAUUCAAAUGAAAUUUUCUGUAUGAUUUAAGAUUAUUUACUGUUUUGAUUCACUUUCUCAGGAUUAAUAAAACAACAGCAAACAAGUGUAGUGAGCGGAAAAGAUGGCUGCAUGUGUAUUUCAAGGUAAAGUCCCUCCUGGCUGAAACCUGUACAGAAAGGUUCACGUUAGCUGCAGUGGGAUGUAGAGGAUGGGUUGUAUGAAAAGAAUGUAGAUAAAUGAGCUUAAUAAGAUUAUAGUGUCAUCUGUUAACAGAUGGAUAGCUGUGGAGGGGAGAUAGAUUAUCUGGAUAUGUUUAUUUCCUGAUGUGAUAUGGUUUUGCAGCUGCGUUUACAUAAAGGUAUAGUCUGGGGCUGAAAUAAAUGGUGAGAGAAUAGCUUUUUAUCAACCUGAUUGUAUCACACUUUUAUUCUGUCAUAGCUGUCACACCCUAACCUGUUGCUUUGGCACUGAUUUGGGACAAAUUUGUGAAAUGACCACUUUGUGCUACAGAUGUGUGUGUCUUUACAUUCAGGAUGAAUGAUAUGUAUGAUAAUCAUAGAAAAUGUAAGUGAUGAUUGAUUUACAACUAUAACAGCCAACACAUGAAAAUGUUCAUAGUAUAAUCCACUGUUUCAGAUUUUUGGAGAGAUUAUAAUUGGUAUUUACUUCCUAUAAUAUAUUAUUAUUGCCCAGCUUGACUUGAGUUUUCAGUUGUCUUCCACCAGAUUCAAUUUAAGUCAACUUCACUGACAGAUGGAUGAGAGUGCAGAAUACUCUGAGUUGAGUUAAAGGCAGAAUAUAUAAAAAAAAUAUUUAUAUAUAUGUAUAGUUUCGUAAAAUUAUUUGAGGGGGAAACAACUUGGUGGAGAAAAUACUUUUUUUUUCUUACCCUUGCAAAACAGCAGCAGCUCAGCAUUGCUUUCUGUGCAAGGUGUAAGGAUGUCACAUUAUCAGAUAGAUUCUAUGCAGAGUAUCACAGAGCUCAACAGUUAGCCUCUUCACAGAGAAAUGCCUUCAAUGUUUUCUCCUAAAUGCGUACAUGGAAAAUUCUAUUGUGUUGUCAUAACAAAAUAGUUGCUCAUGUUGAUGUGCUACAGCAAAGUUUCUGAACAGACAAAAAUGUAAUCCUCUGUGGCUUCUUAUACUGAUUUUGUUUGUCUUUUUGGUGCUACUGGUAGUGCUUUUACUUGGGUCAGUGCUUAAAAGUAUAUUUUUCAUUAUCUGGCUAAUUUUAAAGCUUUGUGUGUCUGUGUGUGUGUGAGCUUUGCUGAAUCAUCCUUAUUUUUUUGUUGAUAUGGUAAAAUGUGGACAAUUCUGGGGGUUGAGGGAUAAUAAUACUCUCUGGGAAUUUAUUCUUUCUUUCACAUGUGUUGCAAUGAUGUUGAGAAAAUGUGCACUGAAGUGUAAGUAGUAUACAGAGAAUCCAAAAUGGUAUAGAUUCAGUACUACUGUCUGAUUUUAAUGUGUCCUGUGUUUUAUACAGUGUCUUCCAUUGUGUUUUUGUUUUAUUUACUUUUUUUCCUGUUUUCCAUUCUGCUUACUUUUUAAAAUUUCAAGAAAUUUGCAAAGGUGUUGUGCAAAAAUAUAAUUUCUUUUGAACUACUUGAAAUGCAUUAAUAAACCAGAAUUGAUCAAA